UAUGUUUUUUGGUUGGUGGAAAACGCGUGGUGGUCUCUUUGUCCUGUCAACAACCUCUUCGUGACCACGACGAACAACACUUGACUUGGGUGUUGUUUUCUGCGAACAUCGAUUAUGGCACCGAAGCGACGGCAAGAGGAUUUCAACGCUCGAUCGGAGGGCAACAGUUCCGAGCCCAAGCGUCAAGAACUUCUUUCUAUGAGAAAUGUGGUACAGGAGGUAAUGAGGUUGGGUGCAGUCGAGAGAUUUAUGGAACCAGGUUUGGAGCAAUUGAUACGUCGAGUUGUUAAAGAGGAAAUUAAAUUAGCACAAGAAACUAGUUUGACUAGCUUUAAGGGGAACUCCAGGAAUGAGAUACAUCCUUCUGAGUCAAAAAUCUUCCAGCUAUGCUUUUUAGAUAAACUCUCUCUUCCAGUAUUGACUGGAAUCCGAAUUCAAGGAGAAAAAGGCACCUCCAUCAGAGUUGCUUUAGUUGAUGGUUUAACAAAGAAAAUUGUCAAUAGUGGUCCUGAAGCCUCGGCAAAGGUUGAAAUUGUUGUUAUUGAAGGAGAUUUUGAUGACGGUGAAGGACAUUAUUGGACAAUUGAAGAGUUUAACCAAAAGAUUGUUAGAGAAAGAAAAGGGAAAAAGUGUUUUCUUAUUGGAGACGCAUUUCUGAAUAUGAAAGGAGGCCUUGGUACUGUAGGUGACAUUUCUGUUACACAUAAUUCGAUCUGGAUGAAGAAUGGUGAAUUCAGGCUUGGAGCUAGAGUGGUGGAUGAUUUCAGUGGGACUAGAGUAAGAGAAGCAAUAUCAGAACCCUUCAUUCUCAAAGAUCGCCGCAGCUCAUUGUACGAGAAGCACUAUCCUCCACUUCUUUCUGAUGAAGUGUGGAGAUUAAAGAAGAUCGCCAAAGAUGGCACUUUCCAUGAGCGUUUAAGCAGAGAAAACAUUACCAGUGUGAAGGAAUUUCUGACUCUGUUCUUUAUAAACCCUCAAAGACUGCAUGAUAUCCUUGGUGGAGGGACUAAGAGUGCUGGAAGUAAGAUUAUGGAGAUCAUGAUAGAUCAUGCUCGGACAUGCAUACUUGACAAAAGGGUGUACUUGUACCGUGCCAGCUCUCAAGAGGAAAAUGGGGUGGUUUUCAAUGUUGUGGGACAGUUGAUGGGGCUACUCUUGGAAUGCCAGUGUGUUUCUAUUGAUGCGCUUUCUGAAACCAAGAAGGCUGAUGCCCAACACUUGGUUGUUUCUGCACUAGAACACCGGGAUGAUUUUUUCACCGGGAAAAAACACCGGGAGGAUUUUGUUUCUUUUGACGAUAUAACUUCUCUCAUCCAUGCUUGUUCUGAAACUCACCCCUCAAACUCAUCCAGUCUGGAGAAUCCUUGUGGCCAUUACUCUGAUACGCAGCCAAGUACCUCUUCUCUGGAUGUCUUUUCAUACAUCCGUUCCACUGGGGAUACGAGUAAUAUGGAUGAUUGUGGCGUGCUCACCAUUGACGGUAUGGACUUUACAGUUGAGCAGCUUCUAAGUGAUCCAGGAGAAGCCCCCAAUUCUCCAGGCUUCGAUCCAUCAUCCAUGAUUCAAGAUUUUGAUGAGCACGAGGAUCUGUUGUUUCGCAAUUACGAUUAUGAUUUAUAAGCCUCAACGUGAGAACCUGACUUUGGAACUAUCUGCUGCUAAACAAAGAGCUACCAUUAGUUUCCCUGUCUCUGGAUUUCUGGAUUUUAAGGCUUAUUGAAGAUUUUGAUGAGUGCGAGGAUCUGUUGUUCUUCAUAAUCUUUCUGUUACUUGAUCCAAUUACAAAUUUAAGAGUAGCUUUCAUCUGGUAAAUAUAAGAUUGGUUUGAUUUGAUCACCCUGUUUGAAUUUUAA